AUGAAUCCAAAUCGCUCGCUUUUUGAUGUAAUCGCGAUGUACAAUUUUAAGGGCGAUGAAGAAGGUGAUCUCCCCUUUCGUAAAGGAGAUAUUAUUUCUGUUGUUGCUGUCGACGAGUGCGGCUGGUGGACAGGGAAAUUCAAAGGAAAUAUGGGUAUUUUCCCUGCAAAUUAUGUGAAAAGAUUAUAG